AAUCUCGUUUCUUGGCGCGAGCGCCUAACCUGUAGCCGGGCGAUCUGGAAGAUGUUUGUGUGAGAUCGCUGAUCUCUGGUUGCACUCCCUUUCACUUUGGCACGGGGCUAGAAUUUGACCUGGGGGAAAUCUGACCCCCAAUGAGCAGGUGGGAGUUAGCUCCCUACGGCAGCUCGUCCAUUUACUCAAGCUAUACUCGGCCCUCUUUAGACUCGUCACCUUCCUUUUGCCGCACAUCUUCUCUAGUCGCCCUGUUUCUAUCCCUUUUCAGAGGGAAUUCCUCCCGCCCCGCCCCUCCCUCCUGCCAUCAUGUAUGAUCGGGCUCCCCGUUUGCUCAGAUUGACUGAAGGUGGCAGCACUGAGGAGCAUGUGGGUCCUGGAUCCUACCAGGUACCUUUCCUGAAGCAGCAGGCAGCAGGUGGCUAUGCACCGUUCCUUUCUUUGGCUGCCAGAGACAGUACUUUUACUGUUGCUUCUAACACUGAGAAAGCUGUUCCAGGUCCAGGACACUAUAAUGUUUCAGAAGCACAGUAUAAUGUAAAAGGAGGCCAUAGUCUACAAAACCGGGAGAAGCGUUUUAAGAAAUUUGUUUCAGAUGGUCCGGGACCAGCAAGCUAUGAUCAGUUUUAUCAUGGAACAUCAGAUACCAUGAAUAGAAAAGUACUACAGGUGAAAGAGCAUCUUCAAUCAAAGUUUUCAAGGGCACCUGCAGUUUCCAGAAGUGUUUAUGUUCCUUCCAUUCCUUCUUGUGGACGAUCAUAUGGUUAUGAUAUUAAUGAGGAUGGCAGUAUCAUAAAACAUUUUCCACCUGCUAGUGACAGCACACUAGGUCCAGCAUACUAUAAACCUCAAUUUGAUUUUUCCAAUGCAAGUUUGAAAUACAAAGGGAUACAUUUUGGCCAAGCUUUGGGAAGACUCCAGUUGCCUAUGAAGUCAGGGCCUGGUCCUGGGCAGUAUGAUAUAGUUCAGAAAAAGACACCACAUUAUGAAAAUAUUAAUAUCAAGAAAGAUCAACAGCAAAAUUAUUGCACAUAUCUCCCACGAUUUUAUGAAGUAAUAAUAUUGCAAGAGGAAAAAAAGGGAGUACCGGGGCCUGGAAAAUAUGACAUUAAAAGUCAAUUUCAGAAGACUGAAAGUAUGAUACCAAGUGUAAAUGAUGCAUCACCUGCUUUUCUUUCUCAAUCCCAGAGAUUUGUACCUAUGAAAUCAAUCACCCCAGCUCCUGGCACAUAUAAUGAAUCUCGAACUGCUUUCAAUUCCUUGAAGAAAACACCAGGACUGAAAAAUACCCCAUUUGGUCAGACUGCUGCUCGAUUCACACAGGACUCCAGGACAGAGGAAAUGCCAGGUCCUGGGUUUUAUAAUAUCCUAAACAAUACUGACAACACUAGCAAUAUUUGCUUGAAGAAAAAAAAGAAAAGUGCAUUUGGUUCUUCUGUUCCUCGGACUCUCUUCGUGGUUCAGAAAGAAGCUUUUACUGCUCCUGGUCCUGCUGAUUAUAAGGUUGGUGGAGUUUCUGAUCAACUACCUAACUUGACUAACCAAUAUGCUGCUUUCUUGUCAAGAAGAGAAAAAUCUACUUCUAAACUGUCAAAUAAGGACAUUCCAGCACCUGGCAGCUAUGAUGUUCAAAAAUCAUAUGAGAUGUCCCAAGUUCAACAUAAAUACAUGCCACCUCGUAGUUUUGUGGCUAUGAUGAAACAUGCCUCCUUUCUUAGUGCAGCUCCUCGGUGCCUGGAGAAAGUGACUGAUGGGCCAGGACCUGCAGCAUACAAUCCUGUAUUAAGGACAUCUUGUUCCAUACCCUUAUUUUUUAAGUCGUCAAAGCGUUUUAAAGAUUCCAAAGAGAUUACUCCUGGUCCAGCAACGUAUGAGCAAGUGUUAAUAUGAUUACAGAACAAAAUAACCUUUUCCCGAACCUUUUAACCUGGA